GUUGACGCUUGGAACAGGAAAUGGUCACCACUGACAUCAAAACAUGAAUAAUCAGGUGAAUUCACAGAAUGGAACUAAAGCUGAAUGAUAUGGAAUGUGCUCGCACUACCUGCAUUCAUUAAUGUACCAUAGUUGUGAUUCCAUCAGACCAGAAUGUCCAAUGUAAUUCCAAUCGUCUCAUCAUCCCCACCGCCCAUGGGCUGGGACGAUGAAGACGACGAUGAUUUUGGCAACUUCGCCAUGGCGCCCAACUUAGCUCCGCAAGCUGUGUCCAGCUUUGAUGUCAAUUUUUCCAGCUCGGAUCUUAGCCUGCCUGAAGACUUCCAGCCUGGGAACAGUAAAGAUAAACAAAACCAGUUUCACAUAGCUGAUUCCAAUGUCGAGAACAAUAAUCCUCUAUCUUCUGGUGAUCGUUGUCCAAAUACAGUUCAAGAUUUGGGUAACAACAACUUUGAUGCACCAGAAGCGGAGGAUGAUUUUGAAGAAUUCGCACAGUUUGACGACAACCUUGGUAAUGAUUGUAACCACGAGACGACCACACGCCACACCGACAUCCUCAGCCAGCAGCACAACAGCGAACACAAUGAGGCACAGCAGCAGCUACCACAACAGAGGAACCUCAGCCUAGACGAAACAGCCGAGGCUGGGUCUACAUCUUGUACUGUGUUGAAAAACAAUGAAUCAGUGUAUAGUAAUUCAUCCACCGUCGACUCGGGUGUUUUUAGCACGGAUUUAUCACCUUCCACAAAUUUUUAUCCCUCGGAUAUGUGUCGGAAACUAGAGGCUUCGGACUUUGAAACUUCUUUUCCCGAUGACUCACCAGUUGCUAAUGAUAGAACAGUUUAUGAAGUAAAACACGAAGGUGAGCUGUCUAUACCUGAUGCACUCAAACAUGAUGUACAUUCUAUACCAAACGCAUUGAAGCAUGAAGCUGGUCCAUCUUUGCAUGAUGAAGCAAGUAAACCUGAAUGUGAUGCACCGUUUAAUGACAAUAUGGUAGAUGCUGAUGAGGAUGAUUGGAGUAAUUUCAGUGCAGCUGGUCUGGUUGAAACCACAGUGGAUGUUCCAGCUAAUCAUGACUUUCUUGAAACACAAGAACACCCUGAAGUAAGAGAUUCACAUUCCCUGCCAACAGAGGAACAUUCAAAUUCUUUGCCAUCAUCAUUGGAACACCCUGAAUAUUCGCAUUCUUUGCCACCAACAGUGGAACACCCUGCAGAUUCACCUUCCCUGCCAACAGUGGAACACCCUGCAGAUUCACCUUCCCUGCCAACAGUGGAACACCCUGCAGAUUCACCUUCCUUGCCACCAUCAGUUCAUUCCAUUGUGGACCCUGCAGCAACAGAAGAGCAUGUAGCAACCCAGCCUGUGCCUUGUGUUACACCAGAAGAAAGUUUAGUAGUGUCCCCUAACUUAUCUAGUCAAGUAGUUGAUGGUUUGACUUGUCAAAAUCAUGUUAAAGAUUGUGUUAAUGACAAUGGUGAUUCUGGGAAACUUUCUGAUGUAAAAUUGUGCAGUGAGUCCAGUGGUUCUAUAGAGGCUGUAGAACACAGUAAAAAGCCAGAUGUGGAUAGUGGGAUUUUAGAUGGUAGUAAAAACAAUGGCAGUUCUGAGAUUCAGGAAUUUCAAGCCAGUUACCCAGAAGCUGUGGUAAACAGUUUACCUGAGCAAGGUUCCGACAUCAAUUUGGAGGUGUCAGCAGGUGAUGAAAGUUCAUCGACCUUGGGUUAUUCUACUAUAUCAGAAACACCUGUUGCUGAAAUCUCCAAUGAUGGUCACGGGAGUGUCCCUACUGUGGAAUCCGAAUCCCACACUGGUGUUAUUUGUGAUGCGGAGUUCGAAGACGACUUGGAGUUUGGUGAGUUUAAUACUGUGGUGAAUAGCAAGGAUGAUUCAUCUGAUGAGGUCGCUCCAAUCACGUUUCGGGUCAGCGAGUGCGAUGCGGAGGACACCGCCAGCAAUGAUAUUGAUUUUGGUACCGGUCAGCCUGCACGGUUUAACGAUAACUCUGAAGGCGAGGAUGACUUUGCAGCGUUUGAUGAAGCCGGAAAUUCUGAUGAAGAUUUCGGAGAUUUUGGUUCCGUCAGCCCAGCGGUACCCAAUGGGGCGCCUGAGAACCAUGAGAGUGAUGAUUCUUUUGGGGAUUUUGGUAACACAGGUCAGCCAGAUGUAGGGGAGGCUGGGUGGGCUGAUUUUGGCUCAGCCGAGGUUGCGGAGACAAGGAAAGAACCACCAGUGCCUGCUGAUAAAAGUCUUCCAGCGUCCAAUCAGAAAAUUGCAGGUGAUUCAGGGCAGAGUAAAGCUCAAAAACUAGAGAGGGCUGUGUUAAACUGUUUCCCACAAGUAACGCCAGUGGUUCAACAGUCAGAGGAUCUUGAUAAUGAUCUUCCUCCACAAGAGCAUGCUGGGGAUCAGGAUCUGACACCUCUAGACACAGUUGUAGAACUCGGUCUCACAAAUCCACUGGAAGCCAAGCAGCAAACUUGGACUGUUGUACAGCAUCCUGCCAAAAAGGACCCAAAGGUGCGUCUGUGGACACAGCUUAAAGACUUGGACUCAUGCCACGCCCUCAUUUACAACUGGCCCUCCUCCCAUUGCUGUAAAGAGGUGUACGGGACCCUCAAAAUAGACACACAGAACGUUCUGUUCACUCAGAAGAAGCAGGCUGUACCGUUCUACUCUUCAGGAAUGAACUUGCUGGAGCCUAUUCGAGGCAACGGUACCAAACCUCUCAAACACCAGGCUAAUCAGAUCAUAGAACAGCCAAGGCAGGAACAGCUUCAGACUGUUACAUCUGUUCAAGAUAUCCCACCUGUAGACUUUGACUGGAGUAGCAGCGGCUUGACGAAUCCUCUCACAGCGAACACGCUAGACUUAGAUUUUCUUGUCGUUCAGGGAAGUGACUCUAGCGAGAAGACCUCAGAUGAAUGGGACUGGGUGUUUAAAGCAGAUAGUCAGGAAUCAGCGCGGUCCUCACUUCAGCCCCUGGAGGAAAUGAUGAAGAAGAGUACACCCACAGCCAAGCUGGCCACCCAGGAGGUGCUGUCCCCUGAGGCCCUACGCAUCUUGGAGAGGAUGCCCAACCUGAGCUUCAUGCAGUCAAGGGUCCUGAUGUUUCCUGUCAAGCAGUGAGCAGCCUCCGCACUGAUGUAAGGUUUGAUGUGAUUGGUCAGUUGGCAGGUGAUUGAAUCACUGGUCAGUUAAUGGAUGAUUGAAUUACUGGUCAGUUAAUGGAUGAUUGAAUUACUGGUCAGUUAAUGGACGUUUGAAUUCUGCGGCCACCUAAUAUAUUUUGAAAUUCAGUGGAUAAUUAAUCGAAUAUUGAUCUAUAUAGACCUAUAUAUAUAUAUAUAUAUAUAUAUAUAUAUAUAUACAUGUGGUCAGCCAAUGGGUUAUUGAGCCCAGUAAUCAUAUUUAUGUGGUCAUGAUAUAGAUAUAAUUAAACUCAGUGGAUAGUUAAUGGAUUAAUACACUAUAUAGACCUAUAUAAAUAUAUAUGUGGUCAACUAAUCAUGGAUCAUCAAACUGGAUGCUUGACGGAUUAUUGAUGGAUUAUUGAACGAAGCGGUCUGUUAAUGGAAUUUUGAUCCUUGUGGUCAGUAUACAGUUCAAAAUGUCAUUCUCAUGUGAAUUGAGAUGAAUAAUAUAAAGACAUGCUUACACUAGUUUUAACAGAUAUAAAAAAAAUAAUUAUUGAUUCUAAGAGCCACCUGAAAUAAAAAAUCAGGAAGCUACAUUGUAAAUUAGAAUAACCAAUGAGAGUGAUCAGGAGAGCCUAAUGUCUCUUGUGGCAGCCUGAAGACUUUAUAUGCAAUUUGUUAUUGGUAUGGUGUUGAUUUGUUUCAGUAGCUUGUUCUUCUAUUGUGUACUUGUUAAUAUUUGAAUGCAUCAUUGUUGAUGUAUGCUGUUUGUGUACCUAACUCAUCUGCUUUAAAGUCAGUAUGUCUAUUAAAACUGUUAAUUUAUGUAAAGAAAUAUAACUAGUAUUUGAAAAAAAAAAUGUUUCCUUGCUUAAGAUUUGUUUCGUUUUUUUUCCUCCAUAGUCUUUCUUCUAUUUUUCAUUCCAUGUUUUUAACUUAACAUUCUUGGUGAAGGUUCUAUUUUUAAGUUGUUGUGUUCUUCCUGUAUGGUGUUAGUUGAAAAGCUCAAAGCUUAGUUGUGUUGUAGAAUGUGGGAUUUCAUGGUAUUUCAUAUGUAUUUGUUUGAUUUAAUAGUCUCCGUUUUUUAAUUGACUUGUGGGAAUUAAGAGUAUGAAGAUUGGCUCAAACAUUCUCUUAUUGAUGUAUAUAAUUUUAAUUUGUUGAGUUGUAGAUGUAGUUAUUUAUUGUUUUAGCCAGUGCAGAAUGUGGAAUGGCAACGAGCAGAAACCGUAAUUGAAUUAAUUCAGUGUGCCAGUGUGUUCACACAUAUCUAAUAAACACAAGUUUUAGUACAAGAUGACCUAUUUUUAAAAUGAUUAUUAAAACUAAAUUAUUGUUUAAAAACUUACAAAACAUUUUUUUUAUGUCUAGGCUCAAAAAUAUAAAAUUAAUAUUUAUUGUUUAAAAUAGUUCAAUUUAGAAUAUAUUCUUGUGGACACUUGAUUAGAAAUAUUUAAUAUACAACCAGUUUUGUCAACUAGGUUCUAGACUUGAUCUAUUUAUAAUUGUCCAGAUUUAGCUAUAUGCAUAUAUUAAACACUAUUUAAUAUUUUUGUGAUCUACGCUGAAUGUAUUGUGAUAAGGGCAUAUCACAUAUCAGCACUCGUUUAAAUUUGUUGGGUUUAAAAAAAUGUUGUAUAACAAUUAUGUUGGUGUAUUUAAACAUUGUGCAAUAUUAAUAUAUACAGUGGUUAUAUCAUGUGGAGCAUUACUGGUGGUAUAGGAAAUGUUAUGAUUUAUACACAUUUUCUUUGCUGUUAACAAUCAGGAGGAAUGUUUUGUGAUGUUGCCAGAUAAAGAUGUUGAUAAGUUGCCUAAUUUUUUUUUGGAAUUCUGCCAGUAGUGUGUCAUUGUAUAGGUAUUUAAUAAAUAAUUUUCAUUAAAGUGCUUUCAAGUUAAGAGUUAGAUGAUAACCAAAUAGAUGGUUAAAUUAAAUUUGUAACCUGUUGAAUUGUGGUUUUGAUUUUAAAAGUAGGAAUAAAAGUUGACUUUUUUUUUUCUUUCUGAUUUAUUUAAAUUUUUAUAUAGAGGCCUGAAUAUUUUUAAAUAAAAGGACUGAUCUAUAUUAAAAUGGAACCUUUUUUUUCCUAACUUUCAUUUAUUUUGAAAGUUGUUUGGAUAUUCAAGUUUCAGCUCGUAAUUGGAAAACAUGUAAUUGUAAAUUAUAAAUUAAAAACUUCAUUAUUUAAGUGGACAAAAGGAAAAAGUUUCCUAGUCUGUGAAUGCAUUUUUAGAAAGUUUUUGUGUAGUAAAUGUAUGCAUGUAAACUUCAAUAAGUCUAUUGCACACAAUAGUGAAAGAUUUAUGGCUUUAGCUAAUGCUGUUUCGUUAUAGAAAUUCUAAAAUACCUUCACUGUAAAAAGCUUGAGGUAACGUACACAGAAUGUAUACUUCAGUGUUAUACUAUCUUCUAUAUAAGUGUAUCCCAGUUUCAUACUAUCUUGUACUAAAACUAUCUACAUUGAACCUAUAUCUCCACAUUAUUUCAAGGCAAGUCUUGUGUUUGCUCAUGCGGUCAUUGUGCAUUUCCCAUGGUUAAUCAGGUCAUGCUCUAGUUCAUUAAGCUUUAUUUUUCCCUCUGUUCCCAGU